CAGCAGGCGUGCGUGUAGUGCGUGCAUUUGUUGUUGCUUCUCGAACCACGCUUGAACCGCUUGAACCAUUUGGUUGUUGCGGUGCUUUGGUUGUUGCGUCCUACCUUCUUCGAACGUAGCGCACGUUUUCCAGGGCGCGAUGUUCGUCAUCAGCGAGAUGUCGGACAGCAUUCGCGUCCCGCCGUGGCUGUUUCGCGUGAGCCCGAACGAAGCCAUCGUGGAGCAGCUGAACCGGCGUCUCGCGAACAAGGUUGUCAUCGACGUGGGGCUGUGCAUCGCGCUCUACGACAUCACGAAGAUCGAGGACUCGCGAAUCCUUCCGGGCGAUGGCUCCUUUCACACAACUGUGCAAUUCCGCUACGUGGUCUUCCGGCCCUUCUUGGACGAGGUCCUAAUCGGCAAGAUUCGCAGUAGCAGCCAGGAAGGCAUCUACGUGUCCAUAGGCUUCUUCGAAGACAUCCUCGUCACUCCCGACGGGAUGCAGCACCCAGCACGCUUCGACGAGAAAGAGCAGCUCUGGGUGUGGCUCUACGAAGCCGAAGGCAAAGUGAAUGACCUGUACAUGGACCUCGGCGAGGAGAUACGCUUCAGGGUGGUGGACGAGGUGUUCGUGGACACAACACCCGGAGGCCCCGAGACGACCGAGCUGCCGGACGCCGAAGAACGCCAUGUACCUUACUUCCUCAAGGCCUCCAUCAGCGAGCCCGGCCUGGGCCUGCUCAAGUGGUGGACAUAGGAAAGGGAGCCGGCAGCAGAGCACUUUAUUUACUUUUCAUCUUCUUCUUUAAUCACACUGGGAAGACUUGCUUUGCCGGGGCAGGGCGGGGCUACUUCUUC